AUGAAAUGUUUUGGUCUGUGGACAGUUCUCUCUUUGCUUGCAAUAAGUGAAGGGCUUCAGCCAGAAUUACCUGUGAAGGUGUGUCAAGAUGAAUCUUCCUACGUGUCUUUGACAAGUACUCGACUGCAAGUCAGUACUGUUCUAUCCACCGUCACUCUACUGGAUGUUAUACCUACCUAUGUUAGCGUUACCACUACGAACUGUGAACCUUACGCUAUUACUCACACGGUAACGGUAUCUCGAUAUCAAGCGCCACACUUGGCUUACUCCACCCAUUACGUUACCCAGCUGAAAAUCAAAGAAAUGAAUCGUGCAUACACUUAUACCAGCUAUCAACCCGAAACAAUCAGCAUUACAUACUCGGCUACCGAUCUUGAAGAGCGCGUAACACAAGUUGUGAGGACAACUACUGCCAAGACUGUAUCAACAGUAUCUGUUGUGAAGACAAUAACCGCCUCCAUUACAACCACUGCAACAUACACUCAGGUCGAUAUCUUCAGCUCCAUCACAUAUUUACCAGUAUAUGUGACUACGACCAUGAGUAACGCCUGGCCAAUCCUCAAGACAGUUUACCAGACAGAGUACAUUAAAGAAGCAGUUGAUUACGUGACAACAGUUAUGGAGACAUCGACCGCAUAUCGCUGUCAUGACGGCUAUGACUAUUAA